UUAUUUUCGGGUUAAUAAAUUCGGACUUCCACGUUCCCCAGAGGGCGCUAGCAUUCGUGGUACGUGAUUGGUCAGUGAUAUUCUGUGCUCUUAGGUGCUUAUCAAAACGGGACUUUAUAUCACAAACUUCGGCGAUUUCAAAUUCGAUGUUAUAUUUCCAUUAUUUCACAUUGAAUAAAACUAAAUUUACGUAUAGAGAAUUGCUUUGCGAUCGUGCUAUCGAGUAAAUGUUGUGGUGAAUUAAAAUAACACUUGCAAAGAACUUUAAAUUCAUUUAAUCGUGCAACUUUGUUUCAUCCUUCUAAGCUCACUAAAACACUGUAACUCGAGUUUGUGAUAAAAAGUCCCGUUUUGAAAUGUAAACAACAAGAGCACAGAAAUAUCAACAGCCAAUCAGAAUGCGCGACGGUAUCGCCCUCUGGGGAACGUGGAAGUCCGAAUAUAAAUUUUGGAGGCGUGAUGAGAGUUUGGGUAAUUUACCGGGUAAUUUCUCCGGUUAUGUAAAUAGGUAGUAGUUUAGUUCGGUACUUGUAACGUUUAAUUUAGGUAUAGUUACUGGUAUCGUUAUUAAACUUGUAUAUGUACGACUAAAGCUUUUCCAAAGCUGUACUUUUCUAGAUUUAACCGUAUGUACCUUUAUUAUGUUUUAUAUACGUGUCUAAUAAAGAUGUACGUUAAUUUGCGUUAUAUAAAUUAUUCGAGUCAUUCGGUUUCUCAGAGUUUUUAAUGGUUUUUAGAGUUUUAUCGAAAUACAGAGACUUUUACGUAAAUAGCUUAACAGUUUUAUUUUACAUGCAGUUGUUUAAUAUUCGUAGUGUGUUUCUUUGAAUAUAACUCGUUUACGAGUUCUUAAUCAAUUGGAAUCGAUAGCGUACAACUGGGAAUCAGUUACGAAUCUUUUCCUAUCCGCUGAUUAAAGUUCAAAAAAUCAGAUUCCGAUUUGAAGACAUUUUUAUUAAAUGACCACUUGAGCUGUAUGGUUUUAAUGAAGAAAACUGAUGAAGUUGCAGAGAAUGCUGUAUCUCUCUUAUUCAAAUUUGCGACAUACCUGGAACCAUAAAUAACAGAACAACGAGUAUCAAAAAUGUCUGCCGAUUUUGCCGUGCAGUCGGGCUCUGGAGUCUCCAAAAGAAUGAAAAGUGAAGGUAAAUCUGACAAUGAGAAUGGUCCGUCGAAGAAAAUUAAACUCGAGUCAGAAACGUUUCCCGAUAGAAUAAAUGAUGAAGGUAAUAUUGAAUCAGAGAAUGCUAACCCCAUAAAAAAAAUAAAACUCGAGUCGGAAAUAUCUUCCGAAGGACCUUCCAGUUCGAAAAGAAUGAAAAGUGAAUCCGAUGGUGCGGUACAAAAACAGAAAAAUGCUGAAGAACAUUACGAUGCUGCUGGGUUAAAAUUAAUCCAGCAUGGUGUUGUUUACCAACUAAAAUUAUUAACUUUAUUUUUAGUACGAGGACUGAAGAAGGGGUACAGUUUCACUUUAGCCACCGAGAUGGUAUCGGCCGAAAAAUUCGACGAUGUCGUUUUCGGCUAUACCACCAAACGUGGUGAUAAGAAUAUUAAGAAAUGUCGCUUUAUACAAGUAAAGCACAAACAAAAUGAAGAUGAAAAAAUAACCGUUUCUGCUUUGUUGAAUGAAAAAGAAGACGAUUUCAGUUUGAAAAAAUAUUUUUUAUCAUAUUUGAAAAUUAAGAACAGUGCCUAUUUUAAAAUUUACGAAUUAGAGGAUUUUGUUAUUAGUACUAAUAUUGAUAUAGACGAAGAGUUGAAACGUAGUUUAGAAAAAAAUCCAGACAAAGACGAUAUUUUAGAUUUUGACAAGAAUGGUUUUGGGCGCUACAAAAUUAAACUAGAUCGAUUUCGUAAAAAAAAUAUUCUAACGUCAAUUUUGCUCCGGACAUCUGAACUUGAUAGAUUGGCGAAUGUGCUGGCUUCGCAUACAUAUCGUAAGAAAUGCCUAGACUUGAGUGACGAUUUACUCAAAACCUAUCAUGCUGUGCUAGGAGCCAAAGUGAUUGAGCGUAAUCCAGAUAAAAAUGGUUUUGGUAAAUUUCGACGUGAAUUCAUAUGCGGUGACGAACAAUCACCAGAGUUGCAAGCGUUCAGAGAGGCUUUUCGUGUAGAAUACCUAAGUAUAUCAAAAAAUAAAUGGGACGAGGAUACGUUCUGGCAAAAGAUGCAGGAUAAAGAGUUGACUAUGUCGUCGACUUUUGGAAUAAAAUUUGAUCUCAUCAAGGACCCUGUGCUUGAGAAACCGAUCAAAUUAGCUGAAGAAAUUGCCGGCAUGAUUUCUAAAGGUGCGAAUAAAAAAUUUGUUGAAAUAGUUAAAGCGAGAGGGAGAAAUGCUAUCAAGGAAGGUGCUGUCAAUUGCGAUAUUGACAAAUUAGGAGGAUAUGUAUUUGUGAAAAAGUCUGACCAGAAUAACGACGAGUACUGUUUUAGUUCACGGUUUCUCGAUAAAGAUAGGAAAUUGCUGGCUAAUUUAGACGUGUUCCGUAAUGAAUUGAUUGAGAAACUUAAACCUAUAAAUGUAGAAUUUCCUGAAUUGACCGAGUAUACGUUUCACAUACCUAAAUAUUAUAGAGAGAAAACAUGCGAAGAGAGACAGCUUUAUUCGAAAGAUUCAAUGCCAAAUGAUCACAUCGACGAAGCAGACAUAAAUGAUUUUCUCGACAAAUUAGUUUUUUCAGUCAAUCAACCUAAUGAAAUUCAGAUAGGCAAGAUCAUUGGAAAAGACUUGGACGAACAUUUCAAACUAAUCGAUAGCGAACUCCUGGCUGAUAAGCUUCAGAAGGAUAUGCUGGAUUGGAUGAAGGACAAAAAAGGUCGUUUUUUAACCAACGAGAAGGGUAAUGAAUUUUUCGAACAAAUUAGUCAAAAAAUGUCAACGUUGGUAUUAAUCGGCCCUACCUUACUCUGCCUUGCUAAAAUGGAACAAUUUCAGUUAUCAUUUCAAAUUGAGUUGAUAUCAGAAAAGCUAAGGCACUUCUUAGAUUCAAAAUCUAAACAGAUUUUCAACUUGAUAAAUUCUCACCAAACCAUUUUCGGUUCCAUGAAGGUGUUUCAAAUUUUAAAGAAUAUCUACCAAAAAGACGAUAGUUACAUUUUCACGAGUUUGCAAAAUGUCUUGUUUAUAGAGGAUCAUGUAGAAAAAGCUUUCACAUCGGAAACAUGUGAUCUACUGGUAAUCGAAUGCAAAGCUGAGAAAAAAAUGAAAAGCCAGGAUCAAUUAUACGCCAAGUUAGCUAAAAUAUUGAACGCUUAUAAAAAUAAAAAAGUUGUUCUUAUAACUUUGGAGAAUGACACGUUUGCUCAGAAAUUCAAAAACGAUUUCUCGCGGAAUAAACGUUAUAAAGAAAUGAAAGAUUUGAAAAACAAUUUGACUGAUCUCACUGGGAGAUCUCAAAACAACAUUUUAAUGCAAACAAAAGUUGUAUUUCAAGGAAACGAAGUGAAUUUAGGUUCAGUGUUGGAUAAAAAGUCAACGCAUAUGUUGUCAGGAGAUGUGCUGUCUAUGAUUAUUAAUAAUGAGACGAUACAGAUUAGUAAAUCACUGAUGGACUCGAAGUACGAAGACGUUAAGGAUUACUUUGUUGAUCGUACGUUCGGUCGAUGUUUGGUUAUUACGAGUAAAAGAGCUAUCCUGAAAGAAGAAAACGUUUUGGUGAUUGAUGACAAGAAGAAGAAUGAUAUUGACAAAUUGAACGAGCAUUCUAGCAAAGAUAUCUUAGUCGUUUCUGGUACUGGCGAUAAUUUUAAAAAACUCUGUGAAAAAUUCGACGACUGCAAUAUUCAUUGGCUGAAGAAGAAAGGUAACCAGUGGAUUUGGCAAAAAUCUCGCGGCGAUUUAACCAAAUUGCGUAAACUCGUAGAUAUCCGCGAACAAUGUAUUACCAAAUAUAAACCGAAUGCAAUUUCAAAAAUCACAGAUGUACCUGACAAAGUAUUUCUGCUGGCUGCAGAACCAGGAAUGGGUAAAUCUGUAAUACUUUCUCGUUUGGCUUUGAAGACUCAAUCUGCUUCACCUUCUGUGUGGAUUGUUAGAUGUAACUUACUCGAGUGUUCGAGCAAGUUCAAAAAGCGGUUGGACAAUCGUACUGAAAUCAACGAGCUCGAAGCUAUGAAAUUCUUAUGUGAAAUUGCCGAAUUUCAGCAUUUCAAGUAUUCCGAAGAAGAUGAGCGAACAAAAGAGACGAUACUUCGCGCACUGACUGAAGAAAAUAUCGAAAUAGAUCCUGCAAAGAAUAAAGGGCUGUCACUGUUGGAAAUAAAACUGUUCGUACAAUUUUUCCAUCAUGGUAAAGUGAUCCUGCUGUUUGAUGGUUUUGACGAGAUAAGCCCAAAUUAUAAUGAUCUGGUUGUCAAGUUAUUGAAAGUUUUCAAAGAUACGAAAAUCAAAAAGAUUUGGUUAACCACUCGUCCUUAUAAUAUUCAAAGCGAGCCUGAAGAUAACCUGAGUACAUUUUCAUACGCAUUGAUGCCAUUUGAAAAAGAAGAGCAGCACGAUUUCUUGGUGAAAUUUUGGAGAAAAAACCUGAAGUUGGAGCCGUUGGAGAAAAUGAACGAAUCGAGAGCGGAUAUUUUCAUCAACGAAUUGAUCAGUCGACUUUCCGUAUCUAUAAAUGAUCAAGAUCGAAAGUUCUUGAGCAUACCUUUACAAAUUUACAUGAUUGCUACGGUAUUUUCAGAAGAAUUUGAAAAAUUUUACCAUUCGGAUAGUCGAGAACUUUCUGCAAAGAAUAAACGCACACUUGACAAAAAGCUGGAUUUGGUCACCCUUUAUGAAAAUUUUGUCAAGACAGUGUUCGAUAUAGAGCAAAGUAAAGACCGGUCUGGUUAUGAUCGUGAUAAAGACAAACCUAGCGCUAUACGUAAAAUAGAGAAGGAGUUGGCCGAAUUUAAAGAAAAUAAUAAAAAAUUGGCCGUUUAUUCGAUGCUGGAAGAAAAUCAAGUGGAAAAAAUCUUAUCUAGAAAGGAAGUGGAAGAAGUACGCGAGUUGAUGUCCAAUAUAAGCGAUGCAGGUGAAAAGACUGGAAUGAUUAGUAAAAUUAUCAAUACUCCUAUGAAAUUGAAGGAAGCUGGUGAUUUGUCUGGUUGCAUGAGUAGUACUGGAAGAAACACUGUAAUGAUCACCGAAAUCGUUAAUAAUAAACCUGUAUUCAUUCAUCGUACUUUCGCCGAGUAUUUUGCUGCGAAUUAUUUUUGGGAAAAAUUUAAAUAUAUUCGGUAUGAAAAAUUCGAAAAAGAUUUUAUUCAGGAUAUUAUCGAAGAAAUUCUGAUAAAGAACGAUUUCAUACAAGUUUGCAAGUUUUUACAGCUCAUUGCAAAGAAUUCUUUCAGAAGUAAAAUUAAUUUUCUCGAUGCAACGAAAAAGACAGAGAUGUUGUUAGUAAAGCUUGCUGAACAAAUAGACGACUAUGGCUCUGAAAAUGGCACUUUUCAGUCCACUAAAGUAUUGCUGGGAAUUAUCGAGUUCUCUUUAUUGGAACAAAAUGAAAAGAAUGAUUUAAAAAUUAGAAAUCAUUUCGAGAUUAGCACGUACGAAGCGCUCGAAUCAUUGUUACUCAGAUUAUUAUGCGUAUGUGCAGAAAUGGGCUAUAUUAGAUUGGCCAAAGCGCUGAAAAAAUAUGUUGAUAAACGAUUUGCUAUCGAAUAUCCCGAAUGUCGUAAAUUAUUGUCUUACAGCUCAUUCUUACCUGAACAUCUCGAGAAUGAUGCUUGGAAUUAUAGUCCUUUAUGGAUAGCCUCUGAAAACGGCCAUCUCAACAUGGUGGAAUUUUUAAUUCGCGAUUUAUCUUACGAUAUCAUGUGGAAGGAUAAACACGGAGCUGAUUUAAUUCAGCGUAUAUUUUCCAUUUCUGCGUUUAGUGUGCUUAAAUCGUGCGUAGAACUAAAUAUUACGAGUGGCGAGCUUUUUAAAAAUAUUGGUGAUUCUGGGCAAAAAAAAUUACCAAUUUAUGAAGCCCUCAAAGCAAACGCUCCGUCAGAAGUUGUCAAAUUGUUGAUGGAGAAAACUGACGUGGAUCUUAUAAAUAAUUUCGUUGAUUGUGAUCUUAGAGAAAUAUCAGUAAAGGAACACAUGAGUUUGCUAUUGCUUCAAUACGAUAAAGAAAUAAUACAGCUUGCGAUAGAGAAGGGCGUUGAUUUAUCUUCCAGUGUUGAUGUACUUCUUCGUAAAUUUACUUUGGAAAGCUUGCGUAAUCCCACAUACGAUCUGAUAUACGGACAUGGUAAUUUUUCGACACCUUUUUUCAAUUCUGACGCAGAAUUUUACAAUGUAUUUCCUAUAAUUGAACUACUUUUGAAAGCUGACGUGGGAUAUAAUAACCGUGGUGAUGCUGUUCGUCUAACAACAAGUUUUCAAUGUGCUGAGCGAGCUUAUCAGAUUCAUCAGAUUUUAAACGAAGUGCAUAAAUUUCACACAAGGAAAGAUGACUCACGAAAAUUAAUACUGAAGUUCAUCGUUGAUAGUAUUCUGCAGAUGAAAGGCUUCAAACCUUUUAAAACCAUCAUUAAAGCAGAAAAAAUUUGCAUAUUGAUUAGCUGUGACAAUGAAGAUUGUAAUUCAAAGAUGGGAAAAUUGAUUAAAAACUUCGUCGAGAAGUCUCCUUAUUUCAAAGGUUUCCGUCACACGUACGAAGGAAAUUUAAUAUCUAUUUUACUUAAUUCCAGAACUGGUGAUUAUAAUGACCGAACGUAUCCAACAUUUAAACGAGAUAUGACUGAAAUGUUUGUCGAGUAUUAUAAUGGUAGUGGUACUUGGCCUGAUCGUUUAGCAUACAACGCUAUUGGUAAAGUGGAAUCGUAUGUGGAAAAUAUGGAGAAAAUAUUCAAAAUAUUUAAAAAACACCAUCGACGUAAUGUUACCGAUAUUUUCUACAGUGAUGGUUCAUCUCAAUGGACAUACGAAGAUGAACUAAGACAAUUGAAAAAUUACGAUGAAAAAAAACAUCAGUAUGAAUCUUUGGAUAAGUUGUCAAAAGGAGUGUUGAGUGGUGUAUUGUAUUUGUAUCUAAGACAAGAUUAUGAAAAAAUCGACGAUGCUGUGAAAGAAAUUUCGGAGGAAGUAUUGAAACUUGAAGAAGUUAUGAAAAAACUGCUGGAAACGAAGAAUGUGCAGAGUUGCGAAGUAGGUACGAUUUUAUAUGAUGCCGAUAAAAUAUUGUACUCGUUGUGUACAUUGGAUAAUGUUCGUGCGAGUGACAGAAUACAAAAGAAAUUGACAUCGAAAAUAAAUAACAUCGGAGGUAUCGAGCAGCAGAUCGAUGCCUUCGAUUUGCUGAUCGAAGUUUGUUUAUUGCUGAAUGAAAUAAGUCGGAAAAAGGUUAAGAAAACUUUACAAUCGAUGUGCAGGUUUUCUGAUCAAUCAUCGCGCAUUCUCGAUUUAUUGAAGAAAAUGACAAUGAAGAAAUAAUCCGUAUUGCAAAAUAUGGAAUCAUUUAUCAAUGCUUCAAUAUAGCCAAGACGAUAUCUACAUUAGGGUGAAUCGCGAGAAAAAAGUCGCAGAAUUUUAACCAAAUUCAGCAGAUACCUUAAUUCUGAGUUGAAAGUUACCAACAUAAAACUUUAGCUCCGGAGGUGUCCCUGAAGAAGAGAUUUGGGCCCUCAAAGAGAGCAUUUUUGAAGCUUCUGUCGCUGCCCAUGCUGUUUUGGAGAAAUGGCCCUGUCGCAAAUGAAAGUAAUUGUCUUUCUUAGCAAUUAUUUCGCAUUGAUUAUGCCAAAAUUUUAAAAGGUAAUAUUUCCGAAACUGGGGAAAUAUUUUGGAUCGGCGUAAAAGUAUCAAUUUUUUUAAUCACUUUUGCCAAUUAAAAAAAAUCGUAAAAAUUUCAUAAGUUUUUGACUAUUUUUUUGUGAAAUUGUCAAAAAUGAUGAAAAAAUUGGCGCUACUGCGUUCCAAAAUAUUUCCCUAGUUUUAGAAACGAUACAUAACUGUAAAUAUUUUGGCAUAGGUAAGUACCUGAUGCGAAACAUUUGCCUCGGAAAAAUGGGCACCUCCGGAGCUGAAAUUUUUUGCUUGUAACUGUCAACAUAAAAAUAUGAAGGUUUCUCCUGAAUUUGAUCAAAAACCAGUGAUAACACGAUUUCUGACCAUUCUGAAGCCUCUUGCUUACUUUUCAAUUUCCCCAGAAGGCAUGGAAAUCAGUUAGGACAGCUAAAAUCAAGUUGUAGCUUAUCCUCGACCUACUUGAAGGGUUCAUUCGCAUUUGAACCGUUUUUCAGGCGAAUACGUUGAGUGUUUUUUUUUGACCAGAAUAUUAAGGAAAAAAUUCAAAAAGUCAAAACUUUUGUUCGACUGAAGUUUGGUUACUAACUAGGGAACCUUUCGAACUCACACUCUCCGAUUUGAACGAAACAAAGUUAGAUCGAAAGAGCAUAUGUUAUAAAACUCUCGUAAACAACACUUUAGAUUCUAAAGUUUAUUUUUGGACCUCUGGCGAAUUUUUGGAAAUUGAAAAAAAGAAUUCAAAAACGCUGUUUUAUAGACAAAGAUUUUCAACUUUUUCAUGAGAAAUGACUUUUUUGAGCAAAGAGAUAAUCAAUCAAUUUCGGGACUUAUUUGACUCAAUUUUUACUGGAUAAGAAUACAUAUUUCUUUAAAAAGUAAAAAAUUCAGUUUUGGAUUUUUUAAAAAUCGUCGAAAAUGGUAAAAUCAAUUUGGGCAACUGAAAUUUUGGCUGAGGGGGUAUCAGACCAAGGUUUUUCUAAAAAUCGUGGUACGAUUCAAAUCGAAGACGGACCUCUCGAGAGAUUCUCUUGGUAAUGUUGCGUAUUGCUUGGCUAAUUUGUAAGUGAUGUUUUUAUACUCGAAUAAGUUGCCUUCAAUGAAAACCUGUUGAUUUUAUGGCAUUGGUCUUACUCACACGACUCUCUAUUUUUAUAGGAACGACUUUAUGUUUAAAAAUGUUAUGUGGAUGUUUCAUUCACAUCUCAAUUAAUGAUAAGAUGCCGAAGGAAUUCUUGUAAAAAAGUUUAUUUAGUUAUAUCAAAGCCGAAUAACGUUCUGGAUUUACCUACCAUUUUUUCUAUUAUUAUUCUUUACUAUUUUUUUAUCAGUCAAUUUAUUUUAUUCCAGUCUCAUUUAGUCAAUUAUUCCAUGUAAGGUAUGUACGUAGACCUGCGUACUGAAGUGCGAGUGUCCUGAGUUUAAUUGUUAUUUACGUAUAUUUGCACCUAUGCACAUAUUUAUAGCUAAAAGUAUUACCCUUCUUUUCUUUAUGUUUGUUUAGUCAAUAUUUUAAUGCUUACUCACUUACGUAAGAGGAAUUUUUCUCUUGAUUUUAUUUAUUCAAAUCAUCCGAAAUAUAACAUGCAGUUAUUUUCUAGUGAAUGAUUCAAUGCAAUUGCUGUACAUAGUACCUAUAUAUGUAGAUAAAAAAUGUGAAGAAAAAAAUCUAUUAAAAAAUUUCAAACUCUUAGUAUAUUUUAUCUGAAAAUUUUUAAAAAUUGAGAAAUAUUCAAUAACGGUCAAUGGGUGUAAUACAUACAAUCUGCAAAAAAGUUUCCCUUUUAAAAAUAAUAUGCCUAAUGUGUUGAUGAUAUAUUGUUCAAAAUUUUUGAUACCUACCAAAUUUCUAUUUUGUAAGCGUUAAUUUUUUAUCGUAUUUGGCGUAUUACGAUUCUCAAAGUGUAUGUGAUCUUUUUAAUUACCUAUCUAAUUUAGUAAUUUUAAAUACCUACCUAUGUACUUAUGCAAGUAAAUAAUGUCUUAUGUAUUUUUUUUCGCAUUUGCAUUUAUGACUAUGAAAUUCUUUGUGAUAUUUUUAUAUGAUUUGUUGAAAUAAAAUAAAUUUGUGCAACUAUUGCUUGCAGUUCGAGACA